GUUUCCGGGCUGGGCUUAAGGCGGUGUUCAGCGCCAUGGGGUGUUGGCUGCGUUUGUUGCUUUUUGGCGGGGUAUCGCUUCGGGGUGGUGGCGGGGCCAGUGUCCCGCUUGGGGGAAGUCGAGUGUUGGUUUGUCGGCGCCAGUUAUCUGGCGCUGACAGUGAGAUCUUAAAACAAAGAAGAACACAAAUCAUGUCCCGAGGACUUCCAAAGCAGAAACCAAUAGAAGGUGUAAAGCAAGUUAUAGUUGUGGCUUCUGGAAAAGGUGGAGUUGGAAAGUCUACUACAGCAGUGAACCUUGCACUUGCUCUAGCAGCGAACGAUUCGUCAAAGGCCGUUGGCUUGCUAGAUGUGGAUGUGUAUGGCCCUUCAAUUCCGAAGAUGAUGAAUCUGAAAGGAAAUCCAGAAUUAUCACAGAGCAACCUAAUGAGGCCUCUUUUGAAUUAUGGUAUUGCUUGUAUGUCUAUGGGCUUCCUGGUUGAGGAGACUGCACCAGUUGUUUGGAGAGGCCUUAUGGUAAUGUCAGCUAUUGAGAAACUGUUGAGGCAGGUAGAAUGGGGCCAGCUUGACUAUUUAGUUGUUGACAUGCCACCGGGAACUGGAGAUGUGCAGUUAUCAGUAUCACAGAAUAUUCCCAUUUCAGAUUAUCAUCUAGAAGAACCCACAAAAUUUAAGAAAUCACAAGCUGCAAAUCAUAACCAGCCCUCUGGUGCUGUGAUUGUCUCCACGCCCCAGGACAUUGCACUGAUGGACGCACGCAAGGGUGCUGAGAUGUUUCGAAAAGUCCACGUGCCUGUCCUGGGCCUUGUCCAAAAUAUGAGUGUUUUCCAGUGUCCAAAAUGUAAACAUAGAACUCAUAUUUUUGGUGCUGAUGGUGCAAGAAAACUAGCACGGACCCUUGAUCUUGAUGUUCUAGGAGACAUUCCCUUACAUCUUAAUAUAAGGGAAACUUCAGAUACAGGCCAGCCGAUUGUGUUUUCACAGCCUGAAAGUGAUGAGGCCAAAGCUUACCUGAGGAUUGCUGCAGAAGUGGUAAAAAGAUUGCCACCACCUCUAAAGUGAGUUCCCCAGGUGUUCUGGAAAUUUGCCUGGUGCUUAACAAUAAGAAGACUUUUGGAAAUCGGCAGUGUGGUGAUGAAACCUACAGGAAAAAUAGCAAUCAUAGUUAUUUGCUUGUAUUUCUACGGAAAUAAUGUCAUAUUUUCAGAUAUGAUGUGCUAUGCAAUGACUCACAAAUAAAAUUUUUAUAUAUCAAUGCUAACUGCUACAUUUAGGAAUUUUUCUGAAAGCUGAUGUGUACCAACUGCACAGAACUGCGGUUUCUUUUAAUGAACUACCCCUUGGGGAAUCCUGAGUUUGUGUUAGAAGCCCAGCCUUCCAUUCAGGAAAGAGCUGUGCUCUUUUUGCAGGACUACAGAGUUAGUCAUUUAAAGGAUUUACUAAAUUUGUGUGCUGAUAUAAGUAUGACAACUCUCCAUUAGUCAGUUUGGUCUAGAUUUAAAUCUUGCCUUGGACUAUCUUGGACACACUCUUAAAUAAAACUCUGCUUCAUCUGGACCAGGCUUUACCCUAGACUUACUGAAUAUCAUCUGCAGGGGUGGGGCCUGGACAUGUGUAUUUUUAACAGGAUUAUAAUGAUUUUGAUGAUUCUGAUUAUGACGGAAAUAGAAUAAUAGUUAACAAUUUAUCAGGUGUUUUCUUGAGAGUCAUUAUAAUUAAUCUUCCAUUCUUAUGAGCGGGGUACUGGGGUACUGUUGUUAUCUCCACUUUAUAGAUGAGAAAACUGAGGUAUAGGAGUGUUAAGUGUCUUGCUGGAGAUUACUAUUCUAGCAAGCGAUGCAGCUGGAAUUUGAACUUGGGCAGUGGGAUGCUGCAUCCUUCCUUUUUUACACCAAAGAGCAUUCAUUUAUUUCAAAAGAGAAAUAUGGUAUUCAGCAUUUCCUCAAACUUACUGGACCGUGAAACCCUCCCCUCUCCCCUUUUAGGAGCAUUUCAUGGAGUUCGUGUUUCAAAUGGUAUACUUUGAAAAACAUUUAUCUUGUCUAGUUGAGGCUCAGAGAAAUUCAGGGGGCUUUCCAAGGUCAGGUAGCAAGAUGAUUAUAAAGCUGCAAAUGCUGAUAAGAAUCAUUAGUUGAUAAAGAAGCAGUCUAUGACCUUUGGCAAAUACCUUCACAUCUUUUGCUUUGUCUCUGGCUUAAAUAGCCAGAAAAUUAGGCAAAGAGUUACAUGUCAUUGUACAUGUUUUCACACACUUAAUGUUCACAUAAAAAACUGUACAUGAGUGUUCACAGAGGUUUUAUUUGUAAUAGCCAAAAACAACCCAGAGUUUUUCAAUGGGCAAAUAGUCAAACAAACUGUGAUACAUCCAUACCAUGGAAUACUACUCAGCAGUGGAAAAGAACAAACUAUGGAUACAUGUUACAACGUGGAUGAAUUCCAGAGAAUUAUGCUGAAUGAAAAAGCCGGUCCUAAAAGGUUUUAUACCAUAUGGCUCCAUUUAUGGAACAUUCUUGAAAUGACAAAAAUUGUAGAAAUGGGGAACAGAUUAGUGGUUUCCAGAAUUUAAUGGGGGAGGGUUUCAGGGGAGGGAAUUAUGUGUGGCUAUAAAAGGGCAACAUAAGGAAUCCUUGUGAUGAUGGAAGUGCAUUCUGUGUUGUGACUGUGUCAAUGUCAAUAUAGUUUUGCAAGAUGUUAUUGUUGGAGGAAGUUGGGUAGAAGGGCACAAUGGAAUACGCAUUAUUUCUUACAACUGCAUGUGAAUCUACAAUUACCUCAAAAUAAAAAUGAAAAUUUAAUUAAAUAAAACAAA